AUGCCUUCAAUUCCACUCCMCCCUCCCAGCAAGCCUAUCACCGUCAACAAUCCCCUCCCUGCAAUCCUCCAAACACCCUCCGGACUCGCCAUCCUCGAACUCCAAGGCACAAUCAACUUCCCUACAUCUACAACCGAUGACGAUGGCGACAAUGACACUAACAUUAACACUGAAGAAAAAUCAGAAACAAAAACAAAAGUCGUCGAAACAGAACUAGGUAAAAUCAUGUUCCCGGAUUACUCAGAAUUUAUGGAUCCGGAUAGCACAAAGUGGAUGAAGCGUGUUUAUCUGUAUGCGGGUCGAUAUCAGCGGAUGACGGGGGAAGUGAAGAAGUUGGCCAAGCCGUUGGCUGUUGUACAGCGACGAGAACGGGGUACGAUUGAAGCUGAUAGAGGAGGGGAGGAAGGAGGGGAUGAGCUUGAGAUUGUGGAUGUUAUCAAGUAUAAGAUAAUAUUUGCGUCUAGACCGGAACCUGUGUCAUUGGAGUGA